GCUAACUAUAACACUGAAGACACUCCAACAGCAGACGUUCAGAAUCGAAAUAGACCCAGAACUGACGGUGAAAGCCCUGAAGGAGAAAAUAGAAGAGCACAGAGGUAAAGAUGCAUUUCCUUCAGUGGGACAGAAACUCAUCUAUGCAGGUAAGCUUGAGGGUUAAGAGAAAAUAAUAGCUGAUUUUUAAUCAGACGUUGUUUCUCAUGUCAUUACCUCAAAAAAAAAUAGUAAUAAUAAUUUACCCAGUAUAAUUAAUUUGGGAAAUGCAGACUGCAAACACACUAUAAUUAUAGUAAUUAAAUUGAAUAGAACAGCUGUGGCAGAGGUGGAUAAGCUGCAACAAAUGUGGCAUUUAAACAGUUCUCCACUUCACGACCUCUCCUAUCAUCUGAUCUUAAAAGAUUGUCUGAGAAACAAGUGGCAAUACCUAAGUAAGUUUUAGUAGAGACCGCCACAGCAAGCAGUCCAGAUAUAAUUGAAAUGAAGACUGCCAUCUUUAUACAUUUCAGAAGAAAGCCUUAUAUGUUUGUUGCAGUAUAUAUUAAAAUUACAAAAAUUGUUGUCUUCUCUUGUACAUUACUCGAAAUGUAACUAUGUUCAACUUCCUGACUGAAGGAUUUUAAUCUAACUCACUGGGCUGAGCAGGUUUUCCAUAUGCUGUAAGACUAAAGCAGAGGUCCAGGCUCCAAUCUGCUAUUGCUUCUAUUUGUUCUCUAUCCCCAGCUUUCCUGUCUUCUCUCCACUGUCCGAACACUAUAAAGAGUAAAAGCCACAAAAAAUACAUUGGAAAAAAAAACAGAAAGUAAAACUGCUUCAACACACUAAACUGUUUAUUAUUGGAAAAGUUAACUUAAAGUAUUAAAUCUAAAAGUACUUUCUCUGCAGAAAAGAUUUCUCAUUGCUAUAUGGAAUAAUACAUGUUCUGAACAGAAUAAACGUAUUCAUCCAUCCAUCCGUCCUCCUCUGCUUAUCUAUUCAGGGCCGUGGGGGUGCUGGAGUUUAUCCCAGCUCCCAUAGGGCGAGAGACAGGGUACGCUCUGGACAGUCUGCUGCAGGGCCGACACAGAGAGACAGACAACCACUUGCACUGACAUUUGCACCUAUUUAAAAUGACCAGCUAACCUAACCCCACUUAGUGCAUGUCUUUGGACUGUGAGAGGAGGACCCAGGGAGAAAACACGGGGGAGAGCCCCACACGGAAAGGCCUCGGACACAUGGUAGAUUUGAACCCACAAACUUCUUGGUGUGAGGCGACAGUGCUAACCACCACACAAUAUGCUGCCCCAGAUUAAAUGUAUAUUAGAAAAAUUUAAAUGUCACAACUGGAAUUAAAGGUGAACAUAAGUCUCAUGAGUUUGACUACUACCAUAAUGCUGUUGAAUUGGGGUCAUCAUAACAGCUUUGACUGGCAGCUGCAGUCACGGAGAAACUUGCACAAACCGUUUGGGAAUGGAUCAGGACCCAGAGAGGAGGUCCAGCGUUUACUUUACAAAACCACAAUGGACUGUUUCAAACUGACAGCGUGAGGUGUUCUGCAGUAAACUGGAUUAACCGACAGAAGGACCCGAGGCCCUGGCGUACUUUUUCGGUAAGUUAAAUGUGUGUUUGUCAGCUAUUUAGCAACUAUGUCCUUGGCUAGCUAGCUACGAUGAGAAGUCAGCUGUCAGGGAAAGCGCCGUUCAUCAGUUAAUCUGUGCACAUGAAUGAACUGAGAGCCGACACUUUGAGCUUGAAUGUUCAUUAAAUUCAGUGCUGUAGUUCAGACAUUUGCUCAGCUGCUCUGACUGUACUGAACUAAAGGAUGUUCAGACCUGCAGCUGAAGGUGAGGCGCUGAAACCAGUUACAUGAGAAACAGAGAAAAGUCACCGGCCCGUUCAGUCACUAACUAACGUGUGUUAAGAUUGGAAAAGCAACAGGCUGGCCUGUCCUUCAGCUCUGUGUAGAGCUGAUUAUUAAAUAUGUGCAAACAGCAGCAUGGUUUCUCUCUCUAGCCACAUCUGUAAGGACAGUAACACGAAAUUUACAAAAACCUUGCAGUUCAAUAACUCGUCAUUAGCACAAUUAGAACAAUUAGAAUUAGAGGACUGAAAAUGUUCUCACGGUUACAGCUUACAAUACUCAGGCACCAGCUCAAACACUGGUGAUGAUAUGUUUGUCUGUUUCCCUGCAGCUGACCACGAUGCACCAGGACUGGAAAGCUGCUCCAUCAUCAUAUGUUUGGAAAUCACAAUUUAAAAACCACCAACAACUCAAAGGGGCUGCCCUCAGAUUUGACCUCAGCACCACCCAGUGACAGCAGACAGAUCAUCCUAUGAUUCACGCUUUGCAGUAACUCCAACAUUAACUGAUGAAAAAAGUGCAAAGGCUAAAGCACCAUAUUGUGUGCUUUCAGUGAAAGCUGCAGCUGUUUUAUUGAUAAAGUUAAAGACAAAAAGUCAAAGGGAUUAAUCACCCAUGCUACAUAUGAGCAUAAACAGUACCUCAGUUUGGUGUUUCAGAAAGCUGCUGAUCUCAAACCUGCACAGCUUCUGUUUAAUAGACUGAAUGCAGUCAGCUGCAUGAAGAAGACAUGAGAUUUUCUCUGACAGCAUUGAAUACAACCUGAUGAAGGUCAAAGGUCGUCACUUGUAUGUUAAACUAAAAGGUUAAUCUACAGUUCUUUCACACUGUGUGUGUUAUUUGUAAUUGAGUCAGUCAUACCAGAAUAAUCAGAGGAUAAUAUAUAUUUUAAUAACUACCUACAGGACUGAAUAUAACCUGAUCAUGUGAGUCCAGAGCCUCUUUAUAUGAGGAUGAUGUGCAGUACUUCUAACAGCACACAAAGCAAAUGUCGCUGUCACACCGUUCAUGAAGUGCUGGGGUUGCACAUUUUCUGGGAUGGGCUUAAGGUGGAGGUCUGAAGAUUUCCCUCUGAGGGCGCUGCUGGUAAACAGUUUGAGUCCUGCUUGAUCCCUGCGAUGAGCUUCAGUCUUCCUGAUGUUUCUGAAAUGACGUCUUUCUCAGUAGUUAAACAGAACAUCUGGCAAAGGACAGCUGUGGUCCUGCUGGUCACUGGUUUUCCCCCAGGGUGAAUGUAUCUGUUGAUGAUUCUAAUAAAUAAAUAGAAAAAUGACGCCGCCUUCUGCUGCUGUGCUUUUAAAUCUAACAUUUUAUUUAAAGUUUCCAUGUUACCAGGUAUGAGAGUGUUCUGUGAUUUGAUCUAAAACUGUUUAAAACGUCAUUUUUAUAUUAUCUUUGGUCUUGUGUAAAAUCUCAGGGCAACAGUUAAUUUCCAGAUAAUUAUGGAAUGAACAGUAACUCUGGGCCUCUGUGGAGUGUGCAGUAGUAACAGGUGUGUAGCAUUGUUAACUAGAUAGCAACAUGCCUCUAACACAGUGCGUAUGCUAACGGCUAGUCUAGCAAAUGAAUUAACAGGAGCUAAAGAGUGAUGUUAAAUGUUGUAGAACAAUUAGAUGUUGCGAUGUGUUUUUGUAAUUAUAACAACGUGGUUGUUAGCAUAGGCUUUUUCAUCAGAGCACCCCUAAUGAUGGCCAUAUAAACAGUAGUAAUAAUAGCACAUUUUCAUGUUAUUUUCUGACAUUGUCUUCAAAUGUUAUAUUUUCCUAACUUUUCUAUUGAUGACAGUACAGGAUAGAAUGAAAGCAGGUUUUAUGUCCAGUGUUGUUGAUGUCAUGGUGUUACAGUCCGCUCAUACAGAGGCGUUGCUGCUUCUGCAGCCUGGUUUGUCAUCUAUAGCCUGAUAAGCCUUCCAUUGCACAUAAGCACAUUCAUGUCCUACAAUUUGACAACACUGCAGCAGUUUUAACAUAAACAUCUCAUGCCCUACUGGAUUUUAAUCAAACAUAAACGUGAAAUCACACUGGCAAACUUUUUUGACAUUGAUAGACUUCUAUUAGCGUUACCCAAACAUUAAUCCAAAACUAAUUGGGUGGGGGUGCCACGUCGUCCAUCUUUUUUACAGUCAUCGAUCUUGCCUGUUUCAUGAAACCAGUCAUCUCCAUCAUCAAAGGUUUCCUUCUUCACAUGUUAAAGGAGUUAUUAAAAGUUUCUUCAAACUACACAUUUGCCAGCGUUAUCAGUUAGAGAAAACCUAUGAGGAUAAUAAAUAAAAGCCACAAAUUUUGAUUAGUUAUUUCCGAUCAGUUUCAUGAUCACAUAGCAAACUGCACAUACUGAUUAUUCUUAAAGUGAGUUCAGUAUCAUAUAUUUGUCUGAGCUUAUUAGGUGCUGAUAUGGGCCAAAAGACUCUGAAUGUAAAAGUAGAAUUUUUAUUGUGGCUCCUAGAGAAAUUAAAGUAAUUCACUUAGAUUCACUCAAAAAAGAAGAAGAAAAUAUUACUCUCUGGCUCUCUUCUACAGCCUGUCUUUGUCCUUGUGGUGACCUUUCUUUCCUAAAACAUGACCUAGUCAAUAUCAGUCUAGAUAUCCAGCUAGAUUGCUUUUUAAGGCAUAGCUCAGAGAUCUCUGUCUGACUGGACUGGGGAGGGUCCUUAAACAUUUGGUCACAGGUUAUUUCAGAUGUGAAAAUAAUUAUUAGCUUAUUACUGAUGCAGUUACAUGAUAAGGGCUUUAAGCAGCUUGUUAAAAAGCUUGACCCAAGAUAUGACAUUCCAGAAAAACAUAUUGGUAGUGCUUUUUAUUACAGCCUUGUAAUAGUUUAGUAGGAUAACAUGGAGGAACAGAACAUAAUAAGGUGGUAAGUUCUAAGUUAUUACCAUUCAAUUACCAAAGUAAUAACCACUAAAGUACUAUUGUGGUAGCAACAGUGGUUACAGUUGAGUAUUACACUGAAAUUUAUGUAAUUGGAUAAUAAUGGCCCAAAACUGGGGGUAAUAAUGUGGAAACACAGCUCUGUAAGAAAGUGGCAAUAGUAGGGUAACAAGUCAGAAACAAGCAUUAAUAAUGUGUUAUUACCACUCAAUUACCUUUGGUAGCUUAAAGGUGUGUUAUUAUUGACCGGAAACAACUGUGGUAGUUUUUACGUAAUAAGCAGAAACCAGAGCCAAAUAAGCAAAAUGCAAGGAAAGCAGGAAACAGAGUUUUGAAAUGCAAAGUGCCUAAUAACAUAUUCAUAACCAUGUUAAUAAAAUUUUAAAAGAAACUUAAGUGUAUCUUCCAGUUUUAAAAAGGGAAGCCAUUGUAGAAGUGCAUAACACUUUUUGUUUCGUAAAACGUUUCGUAAAUUAUAUAAGAAGGAUGAUGCCACUUGCAGUUGCUUGCCUUGGAGAUUGAUGGAUCACACUAUGAGUGCGUGAUGUCUCUGAAAUAGCAACAGCGAAAAUGCUCAGCUCAAAACUUUUUGAUGGGACUUCCUAAACCAGUGAUUGAUUUCACAUUGGCUACGUUUAUAUUUUCUAUACACCCUACAUGUAAAGGUUACAGCCUAUAAAUCUGUUUCAUUGUCAGUGUUCAAUAAUUCUGUCAUAUCUUUUGUCACUUGCUGUUUCUGUGUGAAUGUCACAGGCAAAAUCUUAAACGAUGAUAUCCCACUGAAAGAGUACAGAAUCGAUGAGAAGAACUUUGUGGUGGUCAUGGUUACCAAGCCCAAACCAACCUCUCCUGCUGAAGCAGCCACUCACUCAGUUCCCACGCCAGCUGCAACUCCAGUGCCACCCUCAGCUGCAGCACCAGCACCAGCCUCUGGCCCAACACAGGUGCCCUCCACACCAACACACACAAUGUCUGCUGCUGUACCUGCCUCACAGUCAGUGCCUCCCUCGGAAGCCCCGCCCUCUGUUCAAGAAAACACCACUGUGGCUUCUGUUGGUGCAACAGCAAAACCCACCUUGGACUCACACUCAGAAUCAGCUCUGGCCUCUGGUUCCACAGCCACUGUUGCCUCUUCCACAGCUCCUGAAGCUGUACAGGAAGCCCCUGAGUUAGUCCCUACAGAUAGCCCCACCCCUGCUGCCCAGUCAGAAGAAGAGCUGAGGGAAGACCCAGAGAAUGAGCCAUCUGGCACAGCACCAGUCCAGUCCUCUGCUUCAAGCCUCGUUGAUGAACUGGGUCUUCUUGAAGAAGCAGCAUCAAUACUGGUGACUGGACCAGCAUAUGAAAACCUGGUGUCAGAGAUUAUGUCGAUAGGAUAUGAGCGGGAGCAAGUUGUUGCUGCACUAAGAGCCAGUUACAACAACCCAGACAGAGCAGUGGAGUACUUGCUCAUGGGUAUUCCAGCAAGGGCUAGUGAUCUGCACAAUCCACAACCAAGUAGACAUAGUACUCCAGCCAACCCCUCUACACCUUCUACAGAAGAACCACCACAGCAGCCCCCAGCACCCCCCAGUAGGCCUGUGUCCAGCAGCCAGCCUGUCACUGCUGGAGGAGGAUCUGGCUCCAUAGGGAACCCUCUGGAGUUCCUGAGGAACCAGCCUCAGUUCCAGCAGAUGAGACAGAUCAUCCAGCAGAACCCAGCCCUCCUGCCAGCCCUGCUGCAACAGCUCGGGAGAGACAACCCACAGCUGCUGCAGCAAAUCACAGAGCACCAGGAGCGUUUUGUACAGAUGCUGAAUGAGCCACAAGCUGGAGAUACAGGAGGAGAAGAUGCUGAUGCCCAUGGGUCACCACACACUAACUACAUCCAGGUCACCCCACAGGAGAAAGAGGCAAUUGAGAGGUUAAAAGCACUGGGAUUCCCUGAAGGUUUAGUCAUCCAGGCGUACUUUGCUUGUGAGAAGAAUGAGAAUCUAGCUGCUAACUUCCUGCUACAGCAAACAUGGGACGAUGAGUAAGCCCGCAUCACCGGGCUCAUCACUGCUCAACAGAGGGCUGCAGAGUGGAUGACACCACUGCAAGUCUGCCAGGGAGAAACAAGGGCAGGAGAGGAAGGGGAUAUUUCUUUUCACACCAUGGGACUGUGGCCAUUAAAUGACGAUGAUGAUGAUGAUGACAAUGAUGACAUGGUGUUCAAAGUUAGUUGCGCUGCCUACUCUUCAUUCAGCUAUGAUGAUCAUCAUAGGUGCUACCACUGAGCAUUGCCUCACUGCUACUACAUCAUUACUGCUGAUGCUUGUAUUGAGUGACCACACUGACAGAAGUCCCACCAGUAAAUUUGCAAACAGCCUACAUCACAGGCCAGCAGGAUUUAAGUUAGAGGAUUUCCUCUGCAGUGAGCUCACAGGCUGCCUGUUGAACACGUUAAACUACUGUACAUGUGUAAAGUAAGGUAAUACAUAAAUGAGAAAAAAAUGCAUUUUCAACAUGCGAACCUACAUGUUGGAGUUCCCUGAACAUUUGACUAAAACUGUUGACCUCACUGCUUGGAAGCUACUAUUGAUUUAGAUCAAAGCUCAUAUUGGAUCCUGUCACUUCCGCUGCUUCUUUUGUCCAUGCAAAAAGUCUUUGCAAAUUCUUCUAUUGGUGUCUGACCAUGUAGAUGUGUAAAAGCUGGCUGAAUUUCACAGCUGGAUAGUUGAAAUGUUGACACCUAUUCAACCGUUCCCCAAAAAGGAGAAAUGAUAAAAUGUUUUUAAUUGAGAUCAUUUACAUUUUAAUUAAAUGUAGAAAUGUUAGUGUCCUCUAUCUUUUACAAGUCGAGACUAUCUCAAAGUUUUGUCUUUUUGAUGACUGACUUACUCAGUCUGUUGCAUUGAAAAUGCACAUCUGAUAAUGUCACAAAGAGUCCCUGCAAUUAGGGUUAGAGAAACUCCUUUUCCACAAGACACCUGUUAAGUCAGAAUGAAUCACUCACACAAGUGCAGUUAAACUGUUGUUGCCUUGUUAAGGAAAGCUCUGGGGACAGUCGAUAAUAAUGAUAAUAAGGCAAAUAAAGAAACAGUGAUGUCUGCUGUUGCUGCUUCUCCUCUUCCUUCUCCACCAAGCAUUUGAGGUUUUAGUAGCUCCUCCCUGAGUCUGCUCUUGUGCCCUGCAUUUUGACUUAAAGGUGUUUUUUUUCAGUUUGUUGUGAUGGUGUGAUUGAGUCACGUUAUUUUAGUGUCAUUACAUUAUUAGUACAAACUGCAUCUAUUAGUAACAUUUUUUCUUGAUGGUUUGGAUAAGUAAUAUUUUACUUUAUGUAUUAUUAGGGGCAAGGAUUAAUUUAUAAAUUUCAGUCAAUAAAAUAAACUUAAGGAUGAUUCAUAGAGCAGACAAAUCCUGAAAGUACAGAAAUAUACACGAUACUUUCCCCAGCUGACCCAAGGGAGACUCCUAUUUUUUAUUUACUCUCAAUGAUUGCUGUUUUAAUUUGACAUUCUCACAUUUGUGUUGGAGAAAUGAUAAGAAACUGUAGGCAUUCAUUGGUCUUAUAUAAUAGAGCAGUUAACUUCACUACCCAUUUAACUACGUUUGUUGUCAUUCACCAAGACAACAAGAAAGCCUUUUUAGGUUUGUACUGUGUUAAGUUUACAGGGAAAACUAUGUUUAUGUGCUUUUUCAGCAUAGAAUAAACUUCUAGGAGGUUUUAGCUAGUUUGUUUUUACCAGUUUUGUUAGAUUGGACCUUACAUUACUAUUCAUGUAGCCAUAAAGGAAAAAAAUAUGAAAAUGUGAAACUUUUUGCAAACAAAGAAUCCAUGAAUUUCUUUUAAACAAUCAUUUUCUGUUCAGUGUUCUCAUAUCACAUCCUCUAUGCAUCUUGAAACUGGAAAAGGGUUAGGCUGCUGUUCCUCCAUGCCUUACGGUCAAAGACUUCACCACAUUUUAUUUUACAAACAGUGUUCAUUUAAAAGUGGACUAAAAGAAAUGGGAAUGUUAAGUCGUUUUUCAGCAUCCAGUGUGCUUGUGUUUAGACACACGAUUGUUCUGUAGUGUUGUUAAUGGGAUAAACGAUGUGAGCGAGAAAUUGUAUUUUGCUGUGACAAAUGCUCCUUAGCUCGUUCCUUGCAAAAGAGUUUUAUUUAUGGCAUGCCUUUGGAUUAAGGAUUGAUCAAACUGCCAUUGUGGCAUCUCUCUGGUGUUAAUUUGUCUGUUGUUUUCUUUUUCGGGUCUAUAAGAAUUACUACCAACCUUAAAUGUACGAGUUGAGAAGUAGUUGUGAUGGUUUUAUUUGUUUUGUUUAUGCAUUGUGUAUAUUAAAUGGCUUUUAAAAAAUGAA